AUGUGGUUGUGCUCGAUCAUACAAGUGACACCAAAGUUCCUACUUUUUGAUAAUCUAGCAAAUCAGCUCUUACAUCAGCCUUGCCUUGAGCUCACCGGACUCAUAUCCGACGAGAUCCAAGAACCAUAUCUUUUGCCCGGUGCUAUCAACAAUUUGGUUGGUAAAACUUUUCUUUUCAAGAUAUCGAUUGAGCGGAAAAACUAUUUGUACAAGCAUGAAACUUACAAGGUGCUGAAGAUUAUCACAAACACUGAGAUGAUUUCUGAGUUUGAAGUGACUAAUUCGCCUACGGGGAGUGAAAAUAUUGCUGCUAUUGAUAACAGUAUUGUGUCUUAUGCACCAGAGGGGUCGAUGAUGUUGCGUGGCUGUCCAUCUGGUGAGUCUGACUCAAAGAGUUGAACUCCAGCUAAAAGAGCUGGGGCACCAGUGAUUAAUCUGGAGGAAACAUUUGAUCAGACUUCUGUUACUCGCACUCAUUGUCCAGUGAAGAUCAAGAAGGAGAAGAAAGAUAAAAGUGGCUAAAGGGAAUCAUUGAAGUAUAAGAGAGUAGAGGAUUAUUUUUUUCUAAAACUUGCUUGAAUUAUUGGUUUCUGUUUUUUCUUUCAGUCAGCACUUUAUUUUAUUUAAAUUUCUGAGCUGUUUCCCAGCGAGCUUAUUGUCUACUUUUAAUUAAUAUAUAUAUAAAGCCUCUACUCUCAUUUUAUGGGUAUUUAAUCUAAGUUAUAAGUUGUUCUACUCAGUUUUUAGAUAGACUAUCUUAACGUGCCAUCCUUUGGGAAAUUAAUUGGGGUGUUGGUAAUUUACAGUUCUAAUUCUUGAAAACCAUAGUAGGUGAUUUAACAUUUGUUUAUGGUGACAUUAUUUUUUCGAAUCAUGAUCAGGUGGAUUCAAGCACGUGAAAACCAUUGAUGGAUUUUCGAAAAUUUUAUUUGAGCCUGAUGAUGUUCCAGAGAUUCAGUCUUUCAGAAUGAGGUAAUAAAAUUUGAUUGUUGAAUAGGGAACUCACUUUACUUUAUAUUUAUGCUCACUUAUUUUCUCUAUUUUUUUUAUAGGAUCCCAUACUAUGGAUACUGAAGAAAAGAAUCAUGGCAAUGACAUGGUUUUAAUAUUUUAUUUUUAUGUCGUCGUUUAAUUAUGUUUUGUUGCUUUCGUAUUUUACGUUCCUCUCCUCCUUAUGUUUUUUUUAUUUAUUUUAAACUCUACAUUUUUAAUAUCUUUUUCUAUGCUUUGUUUUAUUAACCACAGAAACGAUCUAUACUGUUACCAAUAGCAAAGACUCAAACAAUUAUGAAAUCGCUCGAUACUAACCUUAUGUAAACACCAAGAAGUUAAAUUUGCCUGAGAUGCAUUGUUAGCAACUGCUUUCCCCCCCAAAAAUCUUAAGCGUUUCUUGAUCUGACCCCACGCAUAUAUCCAAU